UCAAUUUUACUCGAGCGAGAUAUUUGCCAUUUCGUUAUCUUUUUUCUUGUACAAAGCUCAUAAAUAAGUAUUCAACACUUUUUCUCACUUUUCUCCUUCAUUCUCCAGCCGAUGUAACACAUCCAUGAUCCAUCGCAGCAACAAUGGUUUCGGAUUUUGACAAUGGCAAUUGAUGCUUAAAUUGGAGAAACAUAAAGCAACACAACCACCUCCACCCCCUUCUCUUUUCAAACUCCAUAGUCUUUCAGACACCAUAUCAACAAACUGCAACAUGGCUAAUGAAAAAAUCCUAAGUUACAACGAUGUAAUCCUCCUCCAAUCAGAUCUCACCAUUUUAAAAAACCCAUGUUUUCUCAACGACCGAAUAAUCGAAUUCUACUUCACUCAUCUUUCUUCACUCCAUUCACAACAAAUCCUCUUUCUCCCUCCUUCAAUCACCUUCUGGAUAACAAACUGUCCAGAUACAGACUCCCUUUCAGACUUCCUCCAACCCCUAAACCUCCCAUCAAAACAACUCAUCUUCUUCCCAGUCAACAACAACGAUGACGUGGCAGUGGCCGAAGGCGGGACCCACUGGAGCCUACUUGUAUUUUUCCAAACCAAAAACUUAUUCGUCCACCAUGACAGCUUUCAUGGUAUCAAUAACCACCAUGCGAAACGGCUUUACAAAAGAGUUGUUUCGUAUGCUACUUGUGAUUUGGAUGAUACUGAAACAAGGUAUAUGGAAUACGUGCGGACCCCACAACAAGUCAAUGGGUUUGACUGCGGGUUGUAUGUUUUAGCGAUUGCUAAGGAAAUAUGUAGGUGGUUUGAUGGUGAUGGGAACAAAAACGAGGAUGAUUUAUGGUUUUUGUUUGUUAAGGAAAGGGUUACUUCAAUAAGUGUAUCGGGAAUGCGUAGGGAGAUUUUGGAGCUUAUAAGAAGCUUAAGAGAGAAAAAGUGAUGUUAUAGGGUUUGUGACAAAAAAAAAACAAAAAAAACCGGGUUUCAUGAUAUUGUAAUAUGUAAUUGUGUUAUACAGACAUUAUUAAGAUAGAGUGUGAUUUAUCUUUCUAA